AUGAGUCUACUCUCGACAGCACUGGCAACUUCAAUAAGUAACAAUGAGCUCGCCACAGGUGGAACGACUGGUCUCAUCCUCGCAGACAGGCUGAGUGAGUCUGGCGAUGAGAAAGUACUGGUACUAGAAGCCGGGCCUGAUCCAAAUGUUGUUGCCAUGCAUCAAGCUCCUGGAGCUGUUGAGUACAUCGCUGGGGGACGUGGCCUCGGUGGCAGCAGUAUCCUCAACGGUCUCUACUACGGGCGAGGCUCUGCUAAUGUCUAUGAUCACUGGGUUGAGCUUGGGAACCCAGGCUGGAGCUGGGAAGAAGUAUACCCAUCGUUCAUCAAGAGCACUCACUUCAAUGCUCCCAAUAAUGGAACGGGUUACAACCAAAAGUAUCAGACCUGGGAUCCAUCCGCAUACUCCAAUGGUCCGCUGGAGAUAGGCUACCAAGGAUUUGUUCCGCCUUCGAGCAUUGCUUUCAUUGAUGCUUGUGCGGCUAUUGACAUCCCAAUAGUUCAAGACCUCAACAACGGGAAGAAUGUUGGCGUUAAGCAAGGAACUGCCACUCUGACCUCAAAGUACCGACGUAGUUCAGCUUACGACUAUUACAAGGCUACCGCCAAACGGCCCAACGUCGACAUUCUUCACAACGCCCCUGUUCAGCAGAUCAUGUUCUCAAAGAAUGCUACAGGAUAUCCUAUUGCGACUGGUGUCAACUUCAUUGACCACUCUCAGGGUCGUCACCGCACUGUUGCCGCCUCGAAGGAAGUCAUCGUCACUCUGGGGACUUUCCAGUCGCCUCAAAUGCUGAUGGUCUCGGGUAUCGGUCCGGAAGCUACGCUUGAUACUUUCAAUAUCGAGCCAGUUGUCAUCAAUGAAAACGUGGGACAGCACAUGAUGGACCAUAACCUCUACAGUAUCUCAGCCACAGUAAUUCCCGAAGCUUCAACUCAUCAGCUUAUGUUUAACUCAACUGCCGUCGAAGCCUCACAAGAGGAAUACUACACUACUGGUAAAGGAGUAUACACGGCCCCUGGAGGUAUUACCAAUGGCUUCCAAGAGAUAUCAAUGGAACAGCUUCAAAAGAUUGGCGCUGAAGCUGUCGUCGAUGCUGGACUUACGAACCGAUCUACAGUAGAAUUUCUGUUUGAGUCAUUCUUCUAUCCCAACAGCCCAGGUCCCACCUACGAGCCAUCAUCGGAGGAGUCAUAUAUAUCUAUCUCGGUAUCAAGCAUGGUCGCUCUAUCCAAGGGUAACAUCACCAUCCAGUCGAGCGGCAUGUCCGAUGCCCCCGUCAUCAACCCCAACUACUACACCCACCCUGCUGAUCGUGCUAUCGCCAUCAACGCGUUCCGUGACGCACGCAAGAUCCUUGCCCAUUCUGCUUUUGCAAACAUGACUGUUGGGCCUGACCAUGGAGAGGUUGCUCCUGGGGUUUCCAACAUUGCCUCUGAUGACGACGAGGCCAUCUUUGAGUACAUCAAGGCUACAACGGUUCCUAAUUGGCACGCUUCUGGAACUAAUCGCAUGCUUCCACUUGAGGACGGCGGCGUUGUCGACUCUCGACUUCGCGUCUAUGGAGUUCAGGGCCUGAGAGUCAUAGAUAGUAGCAUCAUGCCUACAGUGCCAGACGUUAACAUUGCUGGCCCGGUGUACAUGUUGGGUGAACAUGGAGCAACUAUGAUUAAGGAGGAUUGGAAUAUCUGA